AUGGUCAUCUACAACCGAUGGAUGCAGCGUUGGAGCUACCCACACAUCCUCAUGUUUGGCAACAUCCUCACCGCCGUCUGCAACUUGCUCAACUGCUUGGUCUUCUCACGCUGGAACUUGAAGUUGGGUAUCAACGACCAUGUCUUUGUGCUUGGGUCGGAUGCGAUUCAGAACGUGGUUCAAGAGAUCGCGUGGCUGCCGACCAUGCUCCUCAUCUCGCAGCUGUGCCCCAAGGGCUGUGAAGCCACCAUGUUUGCAUUGCUGGCGGGCAUGUCGAAUCUGGGUGCAUCGCUGGGCUCCUACUUCGGCGCUUACAUUUUGGUGCUGCUAGGCGUUCAGCCCACGGGCGAAGCGAACGAGUCGGCUGAGUUCGACAACCUUUGGAUUGCAUCCGUUGUCUCUUCGGUUGGCCCCUGCAUCCCCUUGGCUUUGGUCUAUCAGCUCAUUCCGAACGUCGGGCAGCAAGAUACGGUGCCAGGGCUCCGGAGCUCUACGCAGGGCUCCCCUUUGAACAAUCUGCUCGUGCAAUGGGGCUGGAUGGAGGAUGAGUCAAGCUCCGAAGAAGUCGAGCUGAAGAACGUGCUUGGACAGGACGACAGCGACGAUGAUCGAUGA